AGUAUGAAAUUUCUAAAGCUUAUUGUUAUUGGCACAAUUUUCGCCAUUGCGGAUACAGUACCCCAACAAAACCCAAACCAUGAACAAAGGCAUAUUGAGAAAAGAUUCGCCCUAAGAUCAAAUGGAGCAGACAUUGGAAAAUUUGCAGAAACCGCUGCCAGCUCAAAUCAUGAUCAAGAGCAUACUGUCCAUAAAAGACUUGCCUUGAAAUCGAAUGCUAGAGCGUUUGCAGAACCAGGAGUAAACUCUAACCAGGAACAAAAGUCUAUUGACCAGAAAAAGGUUAUGAUUACAUUCAAAUCAAACGGUGUAGACGCUGAAAAACCUGCAAAACCAGCAAUCGAAGCUCUCCCAUUUAAGCAUAGAGAGGAUAAACGCAAGGCAAUGACUAUUUUCUUGAAAUCUCAGGAUGAGAACGUUGAACCAAAGAAACAGAGAGAGGAUAAGAGUAAAAUGACCAUUUUCUUCAAAUCUCAAAAUAAGAAGGCGCAAACAGCUGCACAAAAGCAAUCUGUUCAGCAAGAUGCAUUGCUUGAUGUUCUCCGCAAGCGCUAUCAGAAGAAAAACGAUGUUUUCGGAUUUGCUGACAAACCGCAAGAGAUCAAGUCUCAUAUUGUUGCCGAGCAAGAUCAUGAGCAUUUAGUCCACGAAAAAAGAGUGAUUGAUCCUAAAGGCGCUUUUAUUUUUUUCAAAUCAAAUGACCAAAAUAAAGAUCAGCAAGCUGAAGCCGCUCCACAUCAACCAAAGGGCUUCGAUAAAGAAAAGUUUGCUGCAUUCCGCAAAAGAUUCGAGGCAGCUCGUAAAAAAUAUGCUACCGCUCGCCCACACAAAGUUGCAAAGGCAGUUGCGCAACGAGGUCUGCCAGGAUUUCCACGCAAGAAGAGAGACAUCGCUGCGACGGUUGUCGGCGCCGCAGUCAGUAGUGUUGUCUCGAAUUUGAUGAAAAAUGUGGAAGAGAGUGUUGUGAAAGCGAACGAGCAGGCAAGCAAGGUGACAGCCGAUGUUGUCGAUUCAUCGCACGGAUCGAUUUUGGGAUCCGGCGAAAUUUCACUCAUAUCAAAUGACGCUAUCCAACACCAACUCGCACCACAGGUUGUUCAAGCUGCUCCAGUUUCGAAUGAAGCCGUGCCAAAGCCGUUCGCUCCAGUCAACCCAAUCCAUGCAGAUAUAGAGGUCAUUGUUGGAAAUACCAAUGCUACUACGAUUACCUCAACUGUUGCACCAAUUCCUCCAAAGAAAGGUUUCUUCUCUACACUUUUUGGUUCUUUCAAGAACUUGUUCGGAACCGUCACCAACUCCAUUGGCGGAUUCUUCAUUGAUAUGGGAUCCCGUAUCACUAACUUUGUCGAGAAACGUGUCAAGGUUUAAUUUGAUGCUACUUCACAUUUUAUUUUUUUUAAAGUUCUACUAAUAAAUUUGAAUAAUUUAUAAAA